AUGGCGAGCUAUCGGGAGAGCGGCAAGUCGAGCUCGGCGGAAGCGGCAGGGAGCGAGUCUGGACAGGCUCCGCAGUCCUCAAAUGUCAGCGCAGGGAGCGCGCAGAGCUCCACUGCGGGGCCUUCUCCCAUGUCAACACCCGCCCCGGACAGCCUGCUGAGCACGGAAGAGCUGCUCAAGAGAAGGAUGAGGAUGGCCCAAGAAAGACUGGAAAGACAUUCCGCCUCUUCUCCUGCCCCUGCUCCUACGACUUCUAGUUCCGCAGCGCAAACGUCGCCAUCUGCAGCCCAAGCAUCUCCAAGCAGCUCCGCUGUACCCCCUCAGCAAAGCCAGAGCCAAGGGUCGAAGGACGCUUCUUCAUCAAUACCCGCAGUAGACGGCGUCAUGCUCAACAGGACCGAUCAUGCUUCUAGUCGUGGCGCCGAGUCGAGCUCGUUCAAAACAGGCGAACCUGUCGGCUCACCUUUCUCGUCUGCUCUGUCCGACGUCGCCAAGUCAGGCGGACUCAAGGCAGGCUCGAGGUCUGAUGCUGGCUCAACGCAGACACAAGGCGAAGGAGCGAAUGAGGAUACAGUUGCAGGUCUCGGAAUGGGAGUGGGCAUGUCUUCGGGAGGAUCGAGGAUAUUUAGGACGGGAGGCGCGAGCGGGACCUCUCGCGACGGUCAAUCUAGCGGGACUUCGCUCGGCAAAUCAGCGGCAACAGGUCAAGCCAGUCAAUCAAUCAACGAAAAGGGCUCAGAGUUGAAUAGAUCACAAGCGGACGAUGAGGAAAGACCGGUCGCAUUGGAUCCUCACGAACCUCGAACCCUCGUGCAUCCUUUCGAUAGCCAUGCCUUCGUGCAGAGAUUGAUGAGUGCAGGGUGGGUCAAGCGUCGUUCGUCUAUGCCAGAUCAUCAUCCGGCAUCAGAGAGCUUGGAUCACGCAUCGAGUGCUCAAGGUCUGGAACAGGCUUCGUCAGAAGGGGAAAGACAGCAAUUGCCUUCGAAUGAAGUUCAAAGGCCUCAUGAUCCGGCGGAAGCUAUCAUGGAAGCUACCCGAUUUCUCCUCAAUUCUCGAAGCGAAGUGGUGCUGAGGAGGAACCUGAACAAAACCAUGGUUGAAAAUGAAGCGUACUUGUUUAACGCUGCGCUGGCUGAGCUUCGGACGGAGCUGCAAGUCAGGGCUCGAUCGGACGCUGCUGCUUUACGAAGCAUCACCACGCUACUGCAACGAGAAGUGGAUGGCCUUUCUCAGCGCAUGACAGAAGAGAUCAACACGUUGAAACACGACAUUGCGGUGGACAUGAACAACAGGAAAUCCGAGUCGCAACAGGAUACGAAUGCGCUCGAGCAAGAGAUUCAGGAUCUGCAAAACAGAUUCACCAUCUCCUUGGGAGAUUUGAGGGUGGAAAUCGAAGAGAGUAUCCGAUGGGGAGCUACAAGACGAGCUUUGGGUUUGGCAUUUGGCAUAGCCCUCAUCGUGAUAUCCACCAUCUUCCUAGCCGACUAUUUUGCGCCCGUCAAUUCGGAGUCGGACGAGAAUGCCGACGAAGCGCGCAGCUCCUCUUCGAGCGGUGGUGGUGGGAGCAGGAGCAGCAGCAGCGGCAACAAUGCGGGCGCAAGUAGACAAAACUCUGCAAAUGUGGCGAAUGGCGCGGCUGGACACAACAGGGAAUUGAGUCUUAGACCCAAGACUAGCGAGGAGUUGGGAUUGGAGGAGAGGUACGAUUUGGAUGCUGGUGCGGAGGCAAGAAGUGUGUAG